CUGGCAUCUCUCAUGAAGCCUUGCUCACCUAUGUGAAUUAAGAACAGUGGCAUCCCUUUGUUCAAUAUUUAUCAUUGAUCAUAUAUGAGGGGAUAAAAAAAAAAAACCGAACCCAAAAGUUGCUUCCGAACGCACGAUUUUGUUUUCGCGUGUUCCCCUGCGUCUGACUGCAUGGGCUAUCCCAGGUUCAAGGGGCCCUCACACAACUGUCAUCCCUCUUUCCGAAACUACUGCUCCUAGACUAUUGCGCGACAGUCCAGAGUCCGAAUCUAGGUGCUCUGGCGCUUUCCCACGACACUUCUUAACCAAGCUGGUCUGAACCCUUCGAAUUUUGGAACCACUUUCCCAGUUCUCUGGUACAACCCCGAAUCCUGCUCUAUCCACCUUAAUAUCGAGGUCCUGGGACCUCACACCAAACCGGCUGGUACGAUGCAGUACGUCAGGAAUUUGAGCGACUCGGUCUCGACGGCAUGGAACUCGAUCAACCCGGCUACUCUCAGCGGCGCCAUCGACGUUAUCGUCGUCGAGCAGGAGGAUGGCGCACUACUAUGCUCCCCUUUCCAUGUGCGCUUCGGCAAGUUUUCACUGUUGCGACCCUACGAGAAGAAGGUCGAAUUUAGAGUAAAUGGAGUCAAGCAGCCAUACUCCAUGAAGCUCGGCGAAGGCGGAGAAGCCUUCUUCGUCUUCGAGACUACCGACAAUAUCCCAAAGAGCAUGCAGACUUCACCUAUAGUGUCGCCUGCCUCAAGCCCGCCCUUUGAGCCUCAGCAGCCAGGCCUUCAAGACCCCGAAGUCUUUGAGUUGGAUGGAGAGUCCAGAAAGUCCCGUUCGCCGGGACCGGUCCGCCCUCAGCCAGCCAUCAUUCAGUCUGGUUUGGCGCAAGAUGGUCUCCUUACACCAUCCUCGACCUCGCCCGAGCUUUCCGUCCGCCGGCAUAAAUCGGGAGAAUGGGGCAGCUUCGAUCAUCGCCCUCACAGCGACGACAUCUUGAGGCAACGGGCGCGUAGGCCGUCCUCGAACCUCGAUGUUGAAGACAUGUCGCUCGAUCUCGCGAACCCCUCAGACCGGUCCCAAAGCCCACCUCCCCUCACGCGUGGCGAAGCUCUCGGGCGGGCUGUGACACUGUCGAGGGAACUCGCAGCGGUCAACAUCCGCACGCAAGUAACCGCCGAAGGUGACUUGAUGCUUGAUAUGAGUGACAUGAAGAACAAUGAGGAGGAUGCGUUUCGCGCUGAGAUUCUUGCACGCAAGGUCCUCUCACAGGAGCUAGAUGGAAACUACGACGUUGGUGCGCUCAUUGGCAUGGACGAGCAGGCGAACCUGUGGAUUUACCACAGCGAAGAGGCCAAGGAGGCUGCCAUGAAGAAGAUGAUGGAGACUUCGUUCAACAACCCCACGGUAGCCAUCGACGCUGCUUCAGACCCGGGGUACCACAGCGACGACAGCUCUGCAACCGCCCAGACUCCUGUUCAUAGGAGGACAGAGUCUGAUGUUGGUCAAAUGGCGCUCGUGCAGACUCCUCCGUCGUCGCCAGGCUCCACUACUGCCGGUGAUCCGAACAGGAACUAUGCAAAGACGUUGCGCCUCACCAGCGAUCAGCUCAAGGCCAUGAAUCUCAAGUCGGGCGAAAACACUCUCAGUUUCACGGUCAACAGAGCUACGUGCUCUGCCAACAUGUACCUCUGGAAACACGAGACCCCUGUCGUCAUUUCAGAUAUCGAUGGUACUAUAACCAAGUCAGAUGCGCUCGGUCAUGUGCUCAACAUGAUCGGACGAGAUUGGACGCACGCCGGGGUCGCCAAACUCUACACCGACAUCCAGAACAAUGGGUACAAUAUCAUGUACCUCACCAGUCGUUCGGUUGGUCAGGCUGAUACAACCCGGGCUUACUUGCACAACAUUGCGCAAGAUGGCUAUCGACUCCCCCGAGGCCCAACAAUUCUCUCCCCAGACCGUACAAUGGCGGCUUUGCGUCGCGAAAUCUACCUGCGCAAGCCCCAUGUUUUCAAGAUGGCGACGCUCCGGGACAUCAAGAGCCUUUAUGGGCCUGAACACCAUCCUUUCUAUGCCGGCUUCGGCAACAGAUUGACGGACCAGAUCUCCUACCGUACUGUGGAUGUGCCGCGGACUCGCAUAUUUACCAUCAACUCCAACGCCGAGGUUUCCCUGGAUCUCCUCAGUCUGAACAAGCUCAAGCUGAGCUACCUGAGCAUGUCAGAGAUUGUGGAGCACUACUUUCCGCCCGUAAGCACCUUGGUCAAGGGUGGCGGUGAGGAAUUCACAGACUUCAAGUACUGGCGCGACCAGCCCCUUGAGAUUGACGAGUUUUCCGCCAGUGACUCGGACGAGAUCGACAGGGAUGACGCUGAAGACGACGAUGAUGAUGAGGAGAGCCAUUACGAUGAGGCUGCUGACGCUAUGGGCGAAAGCUACAUCUCGCGCAACUCGGUCGACGAGGGAAGCGUAUACUAUGAGGACGGACAAGAGAUGCUGGAGGAUUCGGCUGUUCUUGAAGAGGAAGACGCCGACGGGGAGGAGGAUGAUGAUGACGAUGACGAAGCUGUGGAAAGUGAAGAUGAAGACGUUGCUGGUCGGGGUAGAUCCCCUGCUGCGUCUACCGUUAAUGGAAAGAAGAGCUCGGAUCGGAAAGAUGCUGUCAACGACGUGGAUGCCGAAGUCAUCACCGGGGUCAAAAACCUCAAAGUCAAUGGGGACAUGCACCGAUGAGCUCUAAAUUUAUAGCAGCUUGAUCACACAAACAAACCAAACUUGUACGAUCGGUUCAUCUGGGGACAAAAAAAAAAAAAAUAACUGGUGCCGUGGGAGGCAGCUUCAACAGCGCCACAUUAAGUAUUGGUGUCUUUUCUUCUUUUGCGUUGGGGGGAGGGGCAUUUUCUGGAUUUUCCAAGGUUAUCACUGCAUAGCAUGAGGAGUUUUGUUUUCUUUUUGGUAGGUUUUUGUUUGCGCAAGAACGUAGCCGAUAGACAUGUACCAUAAGUGUUCUUGUGCCAACGUAGCAAUAAUCGAGGAUUCAAUGCGGUCAGCUUCUGACUAGAACUAGACUGAUUGUGGCCAUUCAAACGUGUGAGGGUCUAUUGGUGAGUGCCUCAUCAUCGGAUUGGGCCUGGUUUUCCAUGAUAUAAGCGGGCUCAACCCAGGGGAACAGCGCCUUUCACAAGCUAGCUCUCUUUGCUACUUGCUCCAUAAAUCAUGCCUUUGAAAUCCUUCCGCUCAAAGGAGCAAACUUGACCCUUGGCUGAUAGACUAUUCUCCUUGCCAAAGCCCAAAGAAGCUCCAUUUCAUGCUAUAGGGCGCACUGUUAUUUCGAUAUCAAAGCCCUUCUGUAAUGUCAAUUGGUUGGUUAUUACUCCCACAACCGAUAUCAUAGCAGAGGCUGGUCACUCCUCGGCCAUCUCCUCAUCCACAUCAUCCCCGAACACAUCGUCGACAGUGCCUCCUUCAACCGGCUCACCGCCAACCUCCUCGUCGACUUGAUCGCCGCCUUGCGUCUCCACACCCUCCAUCGCAUCUCUCAUCUCGGCAUCCGCAUCCUCAGAGUCGUCAUCGUCGUCAUCAUCAAUCCCAGCCUCGCCCGGGCCCCACGUGUCGGUCAACCCCCAGGCGUUGCCGCUCAGCACGAACCGCUCACUAGGCAACCUGACGCCCCACUCGUGCGGCAAUAUACGCGGCAGAGCGGCCUUGUUGCGCUCGCGAGCCGUCUCGAGCAGGAACUCCUUGGAGGUGCUACCGGCGCCGCGGAACUGGAAGGCCAACCGGCUCGCGAUAGCGACCUGGAUGGCCGAGGCCGAGACGCUGGCGUCGCCGCCGCUCGGGGCGCUGGCCGUGGCGUUUUGCGCGGCCGACGGCUUGGCGCCCGCGUGCGUCGUGUAGGGGUCGCCGGCCAGGUGCAGCGCAUCCGACAGCACGGCGGCCGUGUGGCGGUAGGCGAAGUCGAGGAGGAGGAGGGGCACCCGCGGCUCAAACGCCGUCACGCCCUGCGCCGUCAGCAGGAGCUCGAUAGUCCGGGCGUCGCGUGGCCGCGGGGCAGGCGUGCUGUCGGCCUGCUGUGGCUGCUGUGAUUGGGAUGCGCCGGCGGCUCCGGCGGCUUGUGGUGGUUGGCCGGCGGCCGGCGGUUGUUGUGAUGAUGAUUGCUGGGAGCUAAAUGCGUUUGUGCUUUGGGUCUGUGGUUGGCUGCCGGACGCCGGUGGCACGCCGUUUGUUUGAGGGGCUGUUGUUGACAUUUUGGAUGGAUGCGAUGAUUUCGUGAAAAAGGUGAGGUUUUGGAGUUGUAGGAGAUAGAGAAUUGAGACCUUCGCCGCAAUCGAUUAGGCGAGGGACUCUCGUCGGCGAGUUUCCAGCUGUUCUCAAAACGAUGGGGAUGAGCUUGGAUUUGCGGCUGGUGGCGCUACGGGUAUAUCGUUCGCGUCAAUGCUAAGAUGACUUGAUGUUUGCCAUUUGAAUAACCGCCAGUGAACGUCGCUGGUGGGAUAGAACGACGUAUCAGUGUGAUAUUAGAUGCUGGAGCAUGGUAUGAU